AUGAACACCCGCAAUGGCGUCCUUUCGCCUGUUUCGACCGACAGUCAGGACUGGUCGCCCAUCACCGGCUACCGCAACAUGGCCGGCGACAACCCCUACUCUCCCACCAUUCCACCCAACGGAUACGGUCCGGGCACCCCAGAUGGAGGCAUGCUCAACGGCAUGCGCCCAGGUACAGGCAACGGCAACCCGUCACCGCCGAGUUCCGUAGGCCGCUCGAGCGACGGCACCGGACUGUAUGCCUCGAGUAUGAGCGACGGCUCCCGCCAAAUGAUGGAUCCGCGAAAGAUGCAGGCGCUGGAGGAGACCAUGUCGGAACAUUUCAAUGUGCUCAAGGCAUACCUAGGACCCUACCUGAAUGACGAAAAAGGCAAUCCGCGGCCUAGCAGGGCCAAGGACAAGCUGACCAGGCUGUCAGCCGUGCAAUUUCAGGAACUCAGCACCGACGUAUACGACGAGUCCAUACGUAGAGAGACGGAUCGCAAGCGCGGAGGGCCAGGUGCGCCGGGGAACGAGACGCCCAAAUUCCUGCUUCCCAAGAACAACUUCCACCCGAAACGCAACCAAGCCAGACAAAAGCUGUCAACCCUGCCUCUCGAGCGCUUCCGUCAACUCGCUACCGACGUCUUCUACGAGCUCGAGCGAAGAUUUCCGCGCUUCACCGGAGCCGACCUGCCUCCGCGUUCUGCCAGCCCGGCCGCAAGUAUUGCAAGCCGCAUAAGCAAUAGAGGACCUCCAAGCAGAGUAGGCACACCGAACAGCAUGGGCGGCCGACCCCCGCCUGGUGGCCCUGGAUAUCGAGGGCCGCCUCCAAUGGGCGGGCCCAUGGGUGGACCAGGAGGCCCUCCAAUGCGACCUGGGCCUGGAUCGCGGCCUGGAUCAGGAAAUGAGGUCAGCUCCUUCGGACGCCCUUUGCCCAAAACAUUUCAGUCCAACACAAUUGUACCGAACAAGGGCACACUCGUAGAAGACGAUGACAGUGCGGCAGACGACGACGACGAUGCUUUCAAUCUGGAAGGAGCUGCUACACGGCGCCAAACAAAUAAAAGCGCAAAAAGCAUGAGCAUGGCGCAGGAAAAGAUGACGGCAGAUCUGCAAAACCAGGUUUCGGAGCUGCAGGGCAAAAUCGGUUCACUCGAGGCUAGCAUACGAGACAAGGAUGACGAGCUACGGCGACUUCAAGACCCCAAUUCGAUGCGAGAUGGCGCUUCAGCAUCUGAGCGUGCUGAAUGGGAUCAACUUCGUUCCUCUCUGGAAGAGAAGCUCGAAAAGGCUGAGAGUCUCAACUCGUCACUUCGGUCCGAGAUCAACAAACUCCGCAGCGAGAACGAAGGCGUGGAAAACAACUUGCGUGCCCAAAUCGCAAAACUUGAAUCCCAGCCCCGCCAACAGUCAUUCGAGGAUGGUGAUGGCAAUUGGAGACAACGCUGUGAGGAGCUCGAGCAAGAACUGAGCGAGCAACAGCAAGUGGCCGAAGAAGUCCGGAGAGAUGCAUCCAUAUUCCUGCAAGAAAUGAAGGAGUUAUCAGCUCGCAGCGAUGCAGCUGCCGAAAAGGAAGAGCGAAUGGCAAACCAGGUUACGACACUUGAAGCUGAGCUGAAGGACUGGAAGUCUCGAUACGCACGUGCGAAGACGCAACUCAGGAAUCUCAAGGCAUCCUCUAUGGGCCUGUCACAGCUUGCGUCGCUAGACAUCAACAGUUACGCACGCGACACUAGUUUUACAUCACCCGAUGGUUUAGUCAAAGAUGUUCAUGUGACGAAAUUUCAGCUCAGUAUCGACGAACUACUGCAGACGGCAAGAAGAGCCAACCCGGAACAAACUCUCGAAAGUAUGCGGCAUGUAGUCAAGUGUGUGCGGUCUAUCACGGGCGAUAUCGACAGUACUCCACUCUCCCAGCUCCAAUCGCCCAGUAGCAGUGUCAGCGGCGAUAUUCUUGGAAGUCCCGAGAGGCAGCAAGCAAAACUCAAGUCUCGUGUUAGUGCUACGGCGAACAAUCUCAUCACAGCCACCAAGAACCACGCAUCAUCCUCUGGACUGUCACCUGUCAGCUUACUGGAUGCUGCCGCUAGCCACUUGUCUACAGCCGUUGUCGAACUCGUUAAGCUUGUCAAAGUACGGCAAACCCCGGAAGAUGAGCUAGAUGCAGAAGACGAAGACGCCGACAGGCCAAUGCCUCUGAAACCCAACGGAAAUGCCAGCUAUGGUGCGUAUCUGCCCAAUGAUGCCAAUAUGAAUGGCAACGGCAACGCCCCCGCUUCAAAUUACGGUCACCAACGUGGCCGUAGUAGCAAAGGCGGUAGCAGCGACACGACCCGAUACAGCAACUACAGCUUGCCUUACAGUGGUUACGAUCGUCAAAGUGCAGGCAUGAACGGUACGAACGGCAUGAACGACAGCGGCAUGCUUGAGUUCAAGAACUACCUCGAAGACCAGACAGCCCUCCUCGUUCAAAACAUUCAGCCAUUGGUCAACCUCAUCCGCUCGAAGCCUGACUCAUCGCCCGCCGAUGAGCAGCAAAUUUAUCAAUACAUCCAAGAAAUCUCGCGAGCAGUCGAUGACACCGGCAACAAGACUUAUGAUGCUGUGAACCAAAUAUCCAAUCCUGCUUUGAAAAAGCAUGCUAUUCCCGUUGUGGAAGUGCUCGACGAAUGCAGACAAAACAUGCUUGCUGUUGACAUCAGGGACGGAGGUCGCGAGCGGAUUCCGCCACUUGCCUUCAAGACAGCCAGAGCUCUCAAGGAGCUCGUACUCCGCGUUGACCGCAUCGAGUCUGGCGAACUCACCGUUGACCAAACACUGAAGAUUGAGCUAUGAUGUCAGCCAACACAUGCAUAGCGAUGCAACGUUUAACGCACUUAUAUCUUGAGUCUUUACAGCGACCUUUUCUUCCACGUCGAUUGCAUCGACAUUGGAGUUACUGUCUCCUUUUUGUCCCGACAGUCGAUAUCCCAGCGAGCGGUGCUCUUCUUGCUCGUUUUUACAGCGCUUUUAUUUAUUGUUGUUUGCUGCGCUGAUUCCCGGAUACCUACUUCUUGGCCUGCUACAGGUUCACGAACACGCGAUGAUUAGGAUAAUCUCUCUAGCUAUUAUCUAUAUUUAUGAUGGUAGCAGUUGCCUCGCAGGCUAUUGUUUGGUUAUGGGGCAUAGAUCUUGGCAUAGGAUAUAGUCGUCUUUGGAAAUAAUGGAACUACUUGGAUUGAGGGAUGAGG